GGUUUGGACGCUCCAUAUAUAAACAUAGAGAAGUUCAACUUUACAAGGUUUCUCCGUCUCCUGCAAAUUGCAAUUUUCAGUUCAUCUGUUGUUGAGAGCCUUACAAAAAUCUUGCCAAGAUGAUGAACGAAGAAGGACAAAACAUGGAUCUUUACAUCCCGAGGAAAUGCUCUGCUACAAAUAGAAUUAUUACUGCUAAAGACCAUGCUUCAGUUCAGCUUAACAUUGGACAUAUCAAUGAGAAUGGUAUCUAUACUGGAAAGUUCUCCACUUUUGCGCUUAGUGGAUUCGUUCGUGCUCAGGGAGAUGCUGACAGUGCAGUUGAUCGGCUAUGGCAGAAGAAGAAAGUUGAAGAAACUCAACAGUAGAGGGAUGAAUGUCAAUAUCUUCAGUUGCGGGUUUGCUGGCAUUAGUCUGUUUUUUGUAGGAGACGAGUAAAGUCAUGAACACCGCAAUAGUUGGUGUUUCUACAUUUAAUCAGUAAUGAAGUUAUAACAUUUUGGGGACGUAAUUUUGUGAAAGUUUUGAUCUUGUGUGCCAAACCUAAUUGAUGCACUUUCUGUUUCUGGGA